AGAGGGAGCAGCCUGGGCAGAGGCCCAACACCGGAGCUGGGCAACUGAACAGACUGAGAACUGUCAAGUGGCCGCGCGAUCGGAGGGAUUCAAAUAGAUGUUUGGUGGAAUCAUGGAUGACGCCAUGAUCUGAUGGAGACGGUCCGACAGCGUCUGUGGUUCGGGCGCAAAAACGAAGUGGUGAAAUUGAGACGGAGGAAAUCUCAACUGUAUGUGAAAGAUGACGAGUGUCCUCUCAGCAACGGUGAGCUGAGAGUUGCAGUGUUCUGCGUCACAUUCCGACUGAUCAACUGUUUCCUGGUUCAGACCAGCUUUGUUCCUGAUGAGUACUGGCAGUCCUUGGAGGUCUCCCAUCACAUGGUCUUCAAUUAUGGGUACCUGACGUGGGAGUGGAGGGAGGGAAUCCGAGGAUUCACAUAUCCUCUCUUCUUCGCUCUCAUAUACAAAACACUGCACUGGAUCAACUGCGACACAGUCUGGCUCCUGAUUUGGGCUCCACGAGUCGUCCAAUCUCUGCUGGCUGCACUAGCUGAUGUGAAGUUCUUCCUCCUUGUUCGCACGCUGGAAGAUGGCGAUGUUGCAAAAUGGACGUUCUUCUGCCACCUCUGCUCGUGGUUCUCCUGGUACUGUUGCACCAGGACUCUCACCAACAGCAUGGAGACCACCAUCACCUGCCUGGCUCUCUUCUACUUCCCCCUGGGCAGAUCCAAAACCCACAGCAGUAAAACAUAUCUGAGUCUGGUGGCGUUGGCCGUCGUGAUUCGCCCGACAGCGUUGAUCGUCUGGAUCCCUCUUCUGCUUCACCAUUUCUGGCAGGAGGAUCACAAAGUCAAGCUCAUCACACACGAAUACAUCCCCAUAGGGUCGGUCGCCGUCGUCAUUUCCACACUGAUCGACUGUGUCUUCUACAAAAAGUGGACGUUCGUACAGCUCAAUUUCAUGAAGUUCAACAUCUUCUACGGAGUAGCAGACUUCUAUGGCUCGCACCCCUGGCACUGGUACCUGACCCAAGGGUUUGUGGUGGUGGUCGGACCGCACCUCCCCUUCUUUCUGCACGGAUGUUCCCUUGCCUUCCGGAAGUACAAAGUCCUGCUGGUUGCCAUCGUCUGGACACUUCUCAUAUACAGCUUGUUGCCUCACAAAGAGUUCCGCUUCAUCUACCCGCUGCUGCCGUUCUGCAUGAUCUUCUGUGGCGUCUCAGUGGCACAUAUGAAGAAGUGGCGGCGGCCUGCAGCUGCAGCUCUUCUGGUGACAAACCUGUUGGCUGCUCUGUACACCGGCCUUGUGCACCAGCGAGGAACUCUGGACGUCAUGGGUCACCUGCAGACGCUCUGUGACUCCAGGGGCGUCGUCACUCAGGCAGAUGUUCUCUUCCUCAUGCCAUGUCACUCCACACCUUUCUACAGCCACAUCCACUGUCCACUCAAGAUGAGGUUCCUGCAGUGCCCCCCAAAUCUGGGCGAGGAUGGCUACGAGGACGAGGCAGAGACCUUCUACACGGAGCCGCUUCACUGGCUCAGGACUUCAUUCCCUGACAAGUAUUCCGUGCCGACACACCUGGUUCUCUUUGACGUUUUAGAAAAGGACAUUUCUACGUUUCUGGAGGACAACAACUUUGUGAAGACGGCAGAGAUAUUUCACACUCACUUCCCAGAGGGAAGGGUCGGAGGAAACGUCUUUAUUUACAAAAGGCACUGACACAACUGGAACUAUGCAGCUUUUAUAAAACAUUAAAACUUGAUG